AUGCAGAUGUACGCACCUUCGUCACCAGUGGUUGCUAAUGCAGAUGUGAGGUUGAUGAUGCUGUUGCAACAAGAGCAAUUGAAGAUGCAGAAGAGACGGAUGAAGCGCAGUCAUGAGAUGUUUGAAGAUAACAAUUACAAACGGGUAAAGUACGGCUUCCAUAACUCCGAGACACGCAACACGUAUCCGUCUAUUGUACCUGCCAUAGGAACGAUGAAUAGCACCACCAAUAACAACGGUAAUAACAUUAAUAACAUAUCACAUGAUAGAAUGAACUUGCAUAAUACAGUACAGACUCAUGGGCUGCGACCUGAGAUGUCUGGCUUGCAUAAUCCAGAUAGUGACUCCGAACCAUAUGCAGAGAUAGAGGAAUAUAUGGUAAAGGGUUAUUGUUUGGAUGAAACUGUGGCAGGAACACAGAAUAUAACUAUCAAUGAACCCUCAAUUAUGACGGACAUGAUGGAUAUGGACUAG